UGUCGGACGUAACGCAAGGUCGCGGGCGAUUGUUAUGAUAGAAGUGCUUCGCGAAUAAUAACGAUCGAACGUUUAAUCGGUAUUUGAAACGCGAUUGACGGACGAAAAUCUAUGUCGAGUUUUCUUCCUCGACAACGAGUGACGUAUGUACACCCUUUCGCUACAAUCGCGCGUCUUUCCUAGUCGCCGAAUGGACGCCAUUACGCGUAAACUUUCGAGAGUGCAUAAGAAUAUCGGGAAAUCGUCGCGAUCACGUUGACAGUCACCUCGUGAUGACAGCGAUCGAUGUUUAAUUGAUAAACGGGAAUCGCGAAUGAAAGCUUCGUCUCGAGGAUAAAUCAAGUGAUUCUUCUUGACGAAGGUCGUGGCAGCGUAAAUGACGUCACGCGUCCGUUAACUGCCGAAGGACAAUCGUAUACGCGAAUUUCGGGAGUGUCGAGAAAAAUAAUCGGGCGAUUGUAUCGUCUUCUAACAUCAGUGGCAGGAGUGAUAGUAAAUUGACGCAACGUGUCAAGUGGAUUGUCGCCUAUUUUCGAAUACAAGUAUCGGACGAUUAUAAUGAUUAUGCGAGUACAAGUAUAUUGUGUGUGGAGGUAACGAACAAUUAUCGGUAAUCGAUAUUCGAUCGAAUGCGCGUAACAUAAGUCGGUAAAGAAAAUAAAAAUAUGCAAUGCGAUUAUCGUGAGUGGUAAUAAUGAUAAAUGAGUGACACUUCGAUCGAUUCGGUCAGUGACAUGUGCGAUGGAUCAUUGAACCCUGAUAAAGACAGCUUCGGACAAAAAGAUGAAUGGAUCGGACGAGGAAGAAAUAGCGAGACGACUGAUGAGAAUCUGGGUUCUAAAUAAGCACUUGCACAGUCCUGCAUGUUCUCGGAUUUUGUUGAUUGGUGUCGGAAUAAUCGAGCGGAAGAAGCGCGUCAGCAAAUGCUAACGAAGGAGCCGCCGGAAUUAUCGUGGGAGAACUCGCUGGGUUCACCUGAUGGCGUGCCCUUCGACGAUGAUACGAAGGAAUUGCUGAAAAAGUGUCUCGAUGUCUGCGUACCACCACCUACUAGUCUGGCGGAACUAAUUAAGCGAAGCGAUGCAUUUCCCGUAAAGUUUCCAAUUAGCACUAUGAGAUGUGCUUCCCUGAGGGACAGGGGAAUCGGCGCUGAUAUCAUUGAGUUAAAUGCGAAUUCGACAUAUCCGCUGAUACACGAGGCGAUGUUGCCCUUGAUUGCUGGAUGGUUGAAACACAAACGGUUAUACGGUAGCUCUGUUGAGAAAGCCUUGUACAAAGAUAUGGGUCUCAUCCAAUUCAUUCACCGCCUGCUAGAGAAAAGAGCUGUCUACUUUUACGGUUCCAACGAUCGAUGGAAAUUAAUCGACAACAAGAGUGGCAUUGACGGAUGGGAGAGUGUUGGUACGAGUAAUGAGAAGGAACCAUUGGUCCUAACAAAAUGCUUGAGCUACGAUGAGAUAAAAUUGUCGGCGAUGAUGGUGGUAUCAUCUCACACGGAGUUCAUAAACGACGGCGCACGAAAGAAUAGAGGCAUUGUGAGCAGUGACCCAGACGCAGUCCAACCUCGUGGAGUUAUUAUGGGUGUCGUAGGCACAAGAUUUGAAAGGCCCCGAUUCAUGGAGUAUCAGGAUAUUCUUAUCACGCCAUUGCAAAACAGUAUAGAUAACGGGUAUGGACCCGGGAUAGACGGCACUUCCGAAGAGAAACGCGGGAUGCGUGUUUUAUGGGCAAAGUUUUACGGCGCAGAUUAUCAUCCGCUCUAUGAGGAAACUAUGAAACGCGUUAAAUCGAAAGAUAACAGACGUUACCUGUCAUUAACUAGCCAGACUAUCUUCGAUAUCGAGAAUUACAUGAAGAGGACCCUGCUUUCCGUAGAAAUAAUAUUGCUCGAAGCGAACAUUCGCGCCGAAAAGCAAAACACGACCGCUUUCUUGCACGUGGUCGGUUUUGGUCUUGGUGUCUGGCAAAUAAUUCAGGAUCAACAGAUAUAUUUCCUGAAAACAUUUGAGAUCGCCAUUAGAAAGAUGAACAAGAAGCUUAAGUACGUUUCUGACAUUAUGUUCUCUUACUUCAGGCAGCAGAAAUGCGGUGACGCAGGAAACGGCGAUUAUCUGGGCAAUAUAAAAAUUCAUUUCGCCAUGAGAGAACCACACAGCAGAUUAUUUCGAGCCACCGAUGCGAAUAAAUUACUCGUUGUCACUUAUGCCUGGGAUGGAAACGCGUUGCCAGGAAAUGAAUUUUGGAAUGGUUAUCUAGAGUCCAGCGGCGAUCCAGCAGCGGCGUGCAGCAGCCAAGUAACCGAGCUGCAUAAUUCCAGAAUCAAUCCACGCGCGUGCGGUGCCAGUUUGCACGUCGCAUCUGCGGCACACGGAAUUCUGCACAUAUCGGAUUACGCAAAGCUUCAUCUUACUUAGGUAAUACCUGAUACGUGCCUCUUUAUCAUCGCCGAUCUUCUUUGCUGGAUAAAGUACUAUUUUGUGAUCAUAAUCACGUGUGUGAAAUGAUAAAUGAUAAAUGAUGAUA